UUUGAAGGUCAAAAGUAUAAAGUUCUGAAAGACAAAGAAAUCGUUUAUUUCUGUGGGUGAAUCCAUUGCAAACAUUUGGGGGAAAAUAGCAGGAUCAGCAAAAAAGCAAAAAUCUGUUUUUUUCUUUUGAUUCUCCCUUCGUUUGACGCAGGGUGACUCAUGCCACAUUCAUAUUUAAUAGGUCACACGAGAUCACAAAAGGAAAUGUCACCUUGGUAUUAUGCUGCUGUUUACUUCAGCCUUUGGUCAGCCUCUGACUGAGUAUUCUGACACAGUCCAGAAGCUGAAAAAAGUAAAAAAAAAAAGCUUCCUGCACUUCUGAGGAAAUAAACUCGAGUUUAAAAAAAAUAUAUAUCACGUGAUGAAGACAGAAGGCUGACUAAAUGAGGGGACCACUGAGACGGAGAAACGAGGACCCGACUUCAUGAUCUCAGCCUUGGGGAUUGCAACGCAAGAAGAGUUGUCCACUUAAGGAAAGUCACCAAUGAAAAUCUGGAUGGACUUGUGGUUUCAGGUGAUGGUGAUGUUCUUCACUGUACGUCAAGAUCCUUGCCUGGGACACAUCCUGGUAUUCCAGCCCCCACAACUUGAAGUCCCCGUCGGCCAGCCGGCACUCCUCAACUGCACUUUCACCCUAACUUCCAGCAGGAACAUUCUGGCGGUGAGCUGGUUUAAAAAGUCCCCGUCGGGCCAGCAGAAGGUGUACCCGGUGGAUUCGAGCGCGUUCAGCAACAGAACCCACGUCGAGAGGAGCAGGUUCAGGAGCAGCAAUGACGCAUCCCUGCUGGUCGAGAACGUCACACUCGCCGACUCGGGAAUGUACUUCUGCCAGAUCUGGAACCACGGCCUUGAGAUGUCUACCACUGGCAAUGGCACCCUGCUCUCCGUGACCGAUCCAUUAAGUGCCAAAGAAACUGGAAGCAGCUGGUUGGGCUGCACCGCGACGGCCUUACUGGGGUCUUACGUGAUGGUGGUGCAAUUCCUUGUGCUCUACAAGUGCACACAAUCUAAGGAGGGAUCCAAAGGCAGGUCUGCAUCAACUGGUGUCAUCUGCAGCGAUUGAAAAAGCAAUAAAGAAAGUAAACU